GGGGACGCCGAGGCGGAGCGGCGGCCGCGGGCCGGGCGGAGCGGGGCGGCCAUCCCGGGAGAGAGGUUGUCCCUUCGAUGUUGGCAGAAUUUGCUGAGGUGGGCGCUGCCCUGCGAGGCUCCGUGUGCCAGCCAGAAUGAUUGAGGAGAGUGGGAAGAGGAGGAGGACAAUGGCGGAGAAGAGACAGCUGUUCAUGGAAAUGAGGGCCCAGAACUUUGAUGUCAUCAGACUUUCAACGUAUCGAACAGCCUGCAAGCUGCGGUUUGUGCAGAAGCGAUGUAACCUUCAUCUCGUUGAUAUCUGGAACAUGAUUGAAGCCUUCCGAGAUAAUGGCCUUAACACUUUGGAUCAUAACACAGAGAUCAACGUGUCUCGACUAGAAACAAUCAUUUCAUCCAUCUACUACCAGCUCAACAAACGCCUUCCUUCUACUCACCAAAUCAGUGUAGAGCAAUCCAUCAGCCUUCUCCUCAACUUCAUGAUAGCAGCAUAUGACAGUGAGGGCCAUGGAAAGCUGACGGUGUUUUCAGUGAAAGCAAUGUUAGCAACAAUGUGUGGUGGCAAAAUACUGGACAAAUUAAGAUAUAUUUUCUCUCAAAUAUCAGAUUCAAACGGACUAAUGAUAUUUUCCAAGUUUGAUCAGUUUUUGAAAGAAGUUCUAAAACUUCCAACUGCUGUGUUUGAGGGACCUUCUUUUGGAUACACAGAGCAUUCUGUACGGACAUGCUUCCCACAACAAAAAAAGAUCAUGCUAAACAUGUUUUUAGACACAUUGAUGGCUGAUCCACCUCCUCAGUGCCUUGUGUGGCUGCCUCUCAUGCACAGACUUGCCCAUGUUGAAAAUGUCUUCCAUCCUGUGGAGUGUUCCUAUUGCCGGUGUGAGAGCAUGAUGGGGUUCCGGUACCGGUGCCAACAGUGCCACAACUACCAGCUCUGCCAAAACUGCUUUUGGCGUGGCCAUGCCAGUGGGCCUCACAGCAACCAGCACCAGAUGAAGGAGCAUUCCUCUUGGAAAUCGCCUGCGAAGAAGCUGAGCCAUGCAAUCAGUAAAUCACUUGGCUGUGUACCAAGCAGAGAACCACCUCGUCCCGUGUUUCCUGAGCAGCCAGAGAAGCCACUUGAUCUUGCACAUAUAGUUCCCCCUCGACCUCUGACUAACAUGAAUGACGCCAUGGUGACCCACAUGUCCUCUGGAGCACCGACACCAACAAAGAGGUUGCAGUGCAAGGCAGACGCUGCUGGCCAAUUAGCUGAUGAGCAUGCACUGAUUGCAACUUAUGUGAGCCGGCUGCAGCGCGGGGCACGUGUGCUGGACAGCCCAGGCCGGCUGGACGAGGAGCACCGCCUGAUCGCCCGCUACGCAGCCAGGCUGGCCGCUGAGGCCAGCAACACGCCUCGCCCACCCACAGACCUGGGUUUCAACUUUGAUGCCAACAAACAGCAAAGACAGCUGAUAGCAGAGCUGGAAAACAAAAACAGAGAAAUACUGCAGGAAAUCCAGCGUCUGAGACUGGAGCACGAGCAAGCCUCACAGCCCACGCCGGAGAAAGCCCAGCAGAACCCAACGCUACUGGCUGAGCUUCGGCUCCUACGGCAGAGAAAGGAUGAGCUGGAACAGAGGAUGUCUGCGCUUCAGGAAAGCAGAAGGGAACUGAUGGUGCAGCUCGAAGGGCUGAUGAAGCUACUCAAACCCACGAAUACACUUUUGCACUCUGUCUUUGUGCAAAUGAAAGAGAGAUGAGGAGACACAGCCACAUCAUCGUCAGCAUGAAGCGCCAACUCAAACCAGCAUUGGUGUCACCAAAGUCUCAUUUAAUGAUGAACCCCAAUGAGUUGUGUGCAAGUGAGCAGCUUUUGAAGAGCACAGAGCAUCCAGAGUAAAGGUUUUUGUCUUCAGUGCUCGGCAUCUGCCUCCCUGUUGUCACCUUUAUUGUGUGACCCUUAUUUUCCUUCGUAUUUUUUAGUAGUUGGAGCUGAUUCAAAGCACGCUAGAAGAUAAACCUCAAAAUUACAGGUGUAGUGCUGUUUAGUAUUAGGGAAACACUAUGAAUUCAAGACCUAGGAAAUGAUGAGGUUUGAUAUUUGCUUGCUCAGAUGUGAUUGGCCAUUAGUGUGAUGGCUUCUGUGCUGCGACAACACGUAUUUACAGCAGCCCUAUCAAAAAAAUCACAGUGCAUCGAUAUAGUCAAUGUACACCAUGCUGCAGAAAUGAAACACUGGGCCUGGAAUCUAUUUGUCCAACGUGCUUGAUCAAAAUAGCCUUACCUUGGAGCCUGCUGGUAGGAAAUAUCCAUUCCAGCCACACACUUUGCCCUUCACGAUGCAUUCAAACUGAAACCUCUUGGAGGUUUUAUUUAUCAAAGUGAAGUGAAAGUGGUUCUAACUACUAACUAACAUCGUUGUGUAACUCAUACUGGUUCUGAGGAUAAAUGCUUGUUUUGCAUUUGUGAUUUAGUCACUACUGUGAAUACCUCUUCAAUUCUGCAAGUCCAAAGUAGAUGUGCUCAAACCCACGGUAAAUUAAAGUAGCAGAGAAAGAGAAAAUCUCAGUAUUUUGACUGAUCAGCUUAAGAUGGUGCUCCAGAAUAUUGACAGUUCAAUUCUGUGUUUCUGACAGCGUUAAUGAGUUCAUCAAAUUAAAUUAACUGCAAAAUUCUGGGUCCACAUAGUGUUGGUUGAUUGGGUUGCACCAGUGCUACUGGAGCACAUACAAACAGCACUGGGGAACAGUGCUCUCCUGGUGACCCGAGGGCAUGGAGUUCUCUGAUCCAAUCAUUUCUCUUAAAGAUUUCUACAUUUUUUCACCUGUUACUGAUCAGCCUCAGGGCUCCGUAUGACCUCUUUGAGCUGGAUGUCAAUGGUCGGGUUCAGUCUAGCCCAAAUUACAAAUAUCACAGGAUCCCAGAGCUGCAGGACUUGGACUUCCAAAAAUGAUCCAGUCCAACCCCCUGCUAAAGCAGUUUCCCCACAGUAGGUUAUAUCCCUGCAUGCAUUCCUUCUCCUCAGUAUGAAGACCUGAACCCUUUGAUUUCCAUAUCUGUGAUACCAUAGACAAUUCUAUGACCCAGUGGAAGACUCUUCAGUGUCAGUGUCCAAUCCCAAGACUUACUGACAUUGUCAGGAAUGGCAGCAGACCACACAUCCCCAGUGGCAUAAAGGAGGUUCCUUCAUCAGAGGAGUGGCCUCUGGCAAAAGAUGAAGAAUCAUAGAAUCACAAAAUUGCAGGGGUAGGAAAGAAUCUCAAGAGAUCAUCGAGUCCAACUCCCCUGCUAAAGCAGGUACCCUACAGUAGGUCGCACAGGUAGGCGUCCAGACAAAUCUUUAAUAUGUUCAUAGAAAGAGACUCCACAACCUCUCUGGACAACCUGUUCCAGUGCUCUGUCACCUUUACAGUAAAGGAAUCAAAAGUUGCUCUGAGCAUCACUGUGUCCAGCCUUCCUACCUAGGAAGUCAUUGCCAUAGAGCUUGAUAGGUUUACAUUACAAUUACUGUACUUGUGAUAAGAAAUCAGUCCUGACUGUCCAGAAGGCUUUGACUUCAGCAUCCUCCAUGGUGGGCCUGAUGGGGAUGGGUUGACCAUUGGACUAGAUGGUCUAACAGGUCUUCUACAACCUUAAUGAUUCUGUGAUUCUAUAAAUGUCCUUUCUAGCUCUGUACUAUUUCAUACCUUAAAGUUUGGGGUGCUCUUCUGCUAUGGCCCGUGGCCAUCACCAGUGCAACCACUGGACUAAAAUCUGGCCUUGACUUCUCUGGUCUGCAUGUAGGCUAUCAUCUACAAGGCACCCACCAAGGGCACCCUCGUGUGCAAAUAAUGUCAUUACUCACAUAGGUGAGGUUAUUUGUUUGCAAAGUGCUUGCAGAAUCCUUGGACUACCACCAGCCCUGUAGACGACUCAUCUGCAUUCAUUAUUGCUUUUUUUGAGAGCCAAGCACGUUAAAAAAAGAUGACAAAUCCUUGAGUAUUUUGUAGGUAGCAUACUUCAGAGAAGUAGUGAAAGUUGCUAAGUUACCCGUUGCUACUUAACUCUGAAAAUUUAUAAAAGCGUGGCUUCAGAGAGUGUGGAGAUGACUAGUGAAGGGCACCUCAAAACUUUCAUUUUCUGCAAAAGCACAGAUAGGUUUAUCCAGAGAAACUCAGCUCUCAUCAUAGCACGGCAGUGUUUCUCAGACCCAAUAUAACUAUUUGUUCCUAUUUCUAAAAUGGGUUUUCAAAGUGUACCUUGUUCACUUUCUGCAGGAAUUUAAAUUCAUAAUAUUCCAUCAACAGCCUUGUGACCAGACUGUGUGCAAUGUGCCAUCCCCCAGACAUCCACAGAAUCGUUCUGCUUUUCAUUUGGGUGGAUCUGAGAGAUGGACAGGCUGGUGCUCCAGGUGUGGCCUUCCCAGGGAAGAGCAGAAUGGAGUAGAACCUCCCUUGCCCCACUGGCCAUGCUCUCUGCAAUGCAUCCCAAAGCCCUGUUGGCCUUCUUGGCUAUUAGAGGCAUGCUGCCGGCUCACGGUCAACUGUUGGUCAAUUGUUGGUCAACCAGAACACCAUUGGCUUUCCUGGCUACAAAGGCACACUGCUGGUUUAUGGUCAACCAUUUGUCAACCAUUGGUCAACUGUAGAUAAACCAGAACAUCCAGGUUCGGCUGGUGGAGCUGGUACUUGUGUUUGCCUGCAGGCUAUGCUCCUAAGGUCACCUCCCAUUUGAAGCCCUUUUUGGAGCCUCUGUUUCCUUGCUGCAGCUGUCCAUUCCUGGGAGCACCAGAAGAGCACAUGAGUCCUUGCUCACCAUUGGUGCCCUCUGGAAGUCCCCAGCCCCUGGUGUCAGUGACUGCACUGCCAUCACGCAGUGGCUCCACCACUGUUAUGGUAGAAAGUUUCGUGCAACACUCCAAAAAGGUGAGAUUUGAGCUGAGAUUCGACUCAGAACAGCACGCCAGAGGGCUCACAUUUAGUCACUGCAUGUCUCAACUUUCCAAGCGCAAGUAGGCAGCAACCUUCUUCGUUCAGCUGCUGGAACAUCUCUGCAGUUUGUCAGCCCUGCUGGUUCCAGGCUGAAUGCCGAUCCCUCUCGUGAAUAAUGCAUUAUUUUUCCACAUUCCAGGCUGCUCUUUGCUUUUGCACUGCAGGCUGCAUACUGCACUGGCUCAGAUAUGCUCCGUGCCUCUGUCCCAGAGCCAGCACUGGAAUUUAUAUGGGAGAGCCCGUGCUCUGUGUUUCUGAGCUAACCGUGCCUGUUGCAACACCUUGCAUGGCACAGCACUGGGUUCUGGCAGCAGGUCAGACUGCCAACACCUGUGUUGGCUGCUGUCACCAACACAGCUUCCUGAGCACGAUCGCUGGUAUCCUUGAGGACCGCAUAAAAUACUUGGAGAGCAUUCCAGGAAAUUAUGGAAGCCGUGAAGAAUUUAAGUAUUUUCCCGAGUUUUCUGUCCUCACUCACAUUUGGUCUUUAUUGGCUUCCCCCCCUUUUUUUGCCAACGAAUUCAAACCUCGAGCCACGUUUUUAUGGUUCUGGAGAAGCCCUGAGCGCUCUGUUGCUUUUACACUUAUCUCCAACACAACGGUUGCACACUUAAACAACAGAUGAGCGACCUUGUAAAUCCACCCGGGGUUUUCUCCUUUUUCAAAGUGUCAUUAAUUAAUGAUUAAUUCUCACAUCCAGUGAGUAACUGUUUCCAUCACCACCUUGACAUCACUCUCCCCUUGGGACUGCUCUAUUCCUUUCUUUCUCCGCAUGCAUCAGCCCAAUCUCCGGGGCUCAGUUUGGAUCCAGGAUUGCUCUCCUCUUCCCUCACCUGGUUGCCACCAUGGGUUUGGCAUCAGAAGUGGUCAGAUAAAGUAUGACCCACAUUGUAACACAAAUUGAGGUAUUUGUUGAGUCUGCAGGAUUUCUGGCUUGAGAAUUGCCGGGUUGAGGUUGCCUGUAGAGGUGAUCCAGGCAUCCCAGGAGACACCAAAGAUCAUGCUGGACGGGGCUCUGAGCACCUGAUGGAGCUGUGGGUGUCCCUGUUCAGUGCAGGGAGUUGGGCAAGAUGGCCUUUAAAGGUCCAUUCCAACUCAAACCAUUCUGUGAUUCUAUGAUCCUAACUAGCUCUGGUUAGAUUCCCACAAACUUUAUUGAAUAACACAAGUGUUUCAAGCACAGGGAAAUCAGAUUUUUCAGUAAUUGCACGGUGCUACAAGAAACAGUUUUCUCUGUUAAUGGAUUUCAGUCAUUUAUCUGUUCCUUGUAGCAGUUGCUUUUUCCUUGGAGCAGCCUAUUUUAAAAGACUGAAACGUUUGAAUUGCUGAGGAAUGCUACUGUUCCCCUACGACUUGUUGUUUAUGCACUCCAAGUUUGUGUUGUCUGAACGUAGAAAAUGAUUUUUGUUUAAAAAUAAAAAAUCUUCAAGACUUGUAAAUUCACCUCUCAGUGAAUACUUUUAUGUUUGGAAAACAUUUGCAUAGCAAAAGGUUCUCAACUAUUAGAAAAUGUUGCACAUACGAAUUUCGUGGUGCUAAUACAUUGAUGUUUGACACCUGCUUCUGAGGAUGAGCUCAGAGGCUAUUUCCUAGAUAAAAUUUGGUAGUUUGUUUAGUCAGAAAUAUCUCUAAAGUUGGACUUGAUGAUCUUAAGGUCUUUUCCAGUCUUGAUUCUAUGGUUCUAUGAUAAAACACAAUGAUAUGAAGGGUCCAUUGGUGUCCAUCAUGGUUUAUCCCCACGGUACAUCGUAAGCCAUGAAAAACACAUUGUCUCCAUUCCAGGAUGAAUGUACAUGCCUUCAGUUUCCAGCUGGCUUUGAUUUUCCUUUCCUGACUAGAUUAAACACCUCUGCUGUUCUGUAUUUUCAUCUGGUGAAUACACGUGCCCAAAGUGAGCUCUUAAUUACCUUUAGGAUACUCUGGGAAGAGGGAGGCAUCCCAGACUGCUGCCAUCAGUGAUCUUUACAAAUCUUGCAAUAAUGCCUCUGUUUGGCUUUUCUCUUCACAGCACCUUCUCCUUUGCACUCUUUGUUGCACAGUGUAGUGUCCAGAAUUAUUUUGCUCAAGUAUUUCACUACCAUCACCAUUGACACCCACUUAUUGACUCCAAGGAUAACUGCUCUUAACUACUCAGUCAUUCUGCUCUUCCUGCUUAGUACUAUCAAGGAAAAUGCUAAUACAUCACUUGGAGCUUCCCUCUCACUUCAGGAUUUAUUAAAAUGGAUUUCAGCAGACCGAAAACCUUGUCAAGCAGCUCUUUGGGGACUCUUGGGUUCAAGUCAUCCAACCUACUGCCUUUAAGAUAAGUAUCUUCAGAGAGCAAUGCGCUGAAUAGCAAAAAUGCUGUACAGAAUCAAGUUAAAAAACUGGUCCCAGAACAAGCACCAGUCUUCCCAGCAUCAGUAAUUUCGUCUUGGUGCACCAUGAUGAAGCAUGGUUAGUUUUGUAGAGGAAUUGUCCUUUCUAACCCACCUAGGCACAAACAUUGUUCCUUAUGGAAUCCUCACAGACCUGUAGAAUCAUAGAAUCAUAGAAUGGUUUGGGUUGGAAGAGACCUUUAAGAUCAUCUAGUUCCAAUUCAAAUCUAACAAAACCACACAACUUCACUUCUCUGCUUGGCAAGCAGUUGCUUAAAGAACAUCUCAUUCUGAGCCCUCAUUUGCUGUGAUACUUGAUUGGGUUAGCACUCUUUGUAUCAGUUAUCUCACUGAUCCUGUAGUCAGGAUCCUGGAAUUCUGUAUUCUGUAGGAAAAAUACUUAAGGAGAGGCAUUACUACCCACACACAUCUUUUCCUCUUCACUUUUCCUAAGUGGAAAAAAGUUGGGUUUAAGAUUUCAAGCACAUAACAUAGAACCAUAGAAUUAUUAAGACUGCAAAAGACGUCCAAGAUCGCCAAGUCCAACCAUCAACCCAUUCCCACCAUGACCAGUCACAGACUCAUUCAGGUUGGACAAGACCUCCAAGAUUACGAAGUCCAACCAUCAAAAAUUUCUGCAAUCAAAGCACAGAUGCAGCCAGUUCUUAUUGUUAACCAUCAUUUCUUUUUCUUUGCUUCUCCUUUGGGCACCUACUUUGGGAUACAUACCCAGAGAACUUUUGGUGUCUUUCUGUCUGGGUUUUCCAAGCGCCAUUGUCCUUAGUUGGUCUCUGUGCUCCUUAUGAGUGCCUUCCAACUCAGGAUAUUCUGUGAUUAGGUAGCAAUAUUAUUUUCUCUUUUUCAGAGCUGGAAAACAAAGUGUGUGUCCCCCGCCUCUUUUCUCCUUUAUGCCAUGAAUUCCUCUUUCUGAUAGAGGAGGAAGCAGCACUGUGAUUUAUGGCAAGUAUGUACCUGGUACCCAGCUCCAGUUCCCAUCUGCAUUCCCAGGGCUUCUCCAUGCCACUGCUGUUCUGAGCCAUUCCUGAUCUGCAGUGUUCUGAUCUUCCUCUGUAUUAAUGAUUCAUCCUAACCUUUAUGUCAUCAGGAAGUUUCAUUAGAGCGUGGUUAUUUUUGUGCGCAUAAUUAGAAUAUUAAAUAGACAAAUCCUUGAGGAUUCAUCUAUUGCAUAUCACUUGCAUCCUCCAGCCUGCAGAUCAUCUUUCAGCAGAACCUUUUCUCUUCUCUCUCUUUCAUGGCAACAGAUAACCACAAAUCAUGGCUCUGCCUUGCUGGCUGACCCGUGCUGACAACUGUUACAGAGAGCAAAACCAAACACUGCGUUUAUCUCCUGCCUGUAACCUGUUAUUGUGCAAUGCCUCGGGCAGAUUCCUUGAUCCUGAGUAUCACGUAACGACUCUGUGCUCUGAGCUGGGAGAUUCUGGGUGUCUGUCUCAUGGCCACAAAUGGACUGGCCAUUUUUUCAGCAUCUCACAUGCUCGCUUCCCGUAUUUUCGUUGUUUUGGGGCAGUGGCUAUCCCAUCAGGCUGACCAACACGGCGUUAUUCUUUGGAUGCAUUAAGUUGGUGCUUCAAGAUGUGUAUCCUGUUGGAAGUUGCAGGCUUUGGAAGCUUUUUCCCUGCUCGUGCAAGAUUACAAAGGUACUUCUUUGUUGUCAACGUCUGUCAAGUAUUUAGGCAGAACUGUGGUUUGUGUACAACUUUCCUGUAAGACACAUGCCCUUGCCUGCUUAGAAGCUCAUGUGCAAACUUGUUUAUAUGCUGUAUUUUUAGCUUCGUAUUCUUGCUACCAAGAAUUUAAUCAGUGACUUUAAAAGCUGGAUGUAUUCAGAGCCCCAUUAGUUCUGGUACUUAUCCCCUAAGCUCCUUAAUUGGGUGGCAUCCAUUAUCGUAGUCCAUAUUUCCUGGCCAACAGCUACCAGCACUUCUUUUCUCUUAAGCCAUAGGCUGCCUAUGUGGAGGGAGAAACGGCAAAAUGUCAGGGGAUGAGUUUUGUGUUUUAAUGUGCUUUCUCAGAGUCAUAGAACCAUUUGAGUUGGAGGGGACCUUUAAAGGUCACCCAGUCCGACUCCCCUGCAGUGAACAGGGGCACCUACCAUGUGUCAGUUGUUGUAGCUUCUAGAUUUGUUUCCUGACACACAGCAUAGAAUCACAGAAUCAUUAAGAUUGGAAAAGACCUCUUAGAUCAUCGAGUCACUCUUCGUUGCAAGGGAGUUGGACUAGAUGACCUUUAAAGGUCCCCUCCAACUCAAACUAUUCUAUGAUUCUGUGGUCCCGGAGGCACCAUGCCACCACAUCACCUUCCUGCUGCUCAUCGGGGUGAGCCCACAGCAACCUGCCAUGCUGAGGACUGGUUCCAUGCACAUCCUGGAAGUUUUCUAAGGGCAGGCGACUCCUCCCCUGUGUCAGCCUGCAGUGAUCAGCACAGCUCUCGGUGCUCUGCUGCCGUAGUGCCAUUGUGCUGGAAGUCAGGCAGAGCUGCAGACCACCUUCUGAUCAUGCUCAUCUCAGGUGAGCAUUCCUGGGCAUUUUUAUGGUUGGGAAAUUGGGCCUGGGGCCCUUUGUGUAUACUUGAGUAAUGUCUGUCUCCCCAGAGGUGUUUGACAAACGUGUCAAUGUGGCACCAAGUGGUCAGUGGGCAUGGUGGAGUUGGAUUGGCGGAUAGACUAGAUGAUUAUAGGGGUCUUUUCCAACCUGAAUGAUUCUACAGUUCUAUUUAGGGACAUGGUUAGUGGGCAUGGUGGGGCGGAUUGAUGGUUGGCCUUGAUGCUCUUGGCUUUUCCUUAAAAGAGGUCUUCUCCAACUUUAACAAUUGUAUGAUUCUGUGAUGAACAGGCAUUGCUGGCAGCCCCCGCUUGCUCCAAGCUCUCUGGGUGCCCCCAGAACAGAGCCAUGACCUCUCCUCUAUCACAGCCCAGGCCUGGGGCUGUGGGGUGAGCCCCCAGCAGGCUUUUGCAGGAGGAGGGCAUCGGAGCAGAGCCGAGGUGGAAAUCUUUCUAUCCGUGUUAGGUUGCAGAUGAGUUAACGUGGUGAGAGUGCCAGCUGAGAGGGCUGAAAACACGGCACGGAUAAUUUUGAAAGAUAACACUUGCUUUUAGUCUUUGUAAUGCAAGUCCGCCGGGGGAUUGUAUGGGAACUGAAACUGUAAGAGCCCUGGGAACACUGCAAGGAGAGAGCGAGCCAGGCGGGAGUGGGGAAGCACUCGAGGCCGGUGAAGGGAACAAUCUGGUACAUAUUGAGUGCAGGGACUGAAUCCCCGCGUGAGGCCCUGCUGGAAGGGGGGACGGCACAUGCCCCACGACUGUGGAAAUGGUGGAUGAAAGCAAAAAUGUCAGGCUUUGAAAGAAGCGAGGAGAAAGAAGGCAUUCUGUGUGGUAACCAAGAUUUUAUUGUUUCCUGAUCCCUGCUCUCUAUCCCACAGCUGGGGGGAUCGGGAGGAAUGAAAACAAACAGCGUUCCGUGAAUGGAGGAGCUCAGACGGUGCUCUGGGACUGGAGAAGAUGAGGGUUUUCCUACUGACCCAUGGAAAAAACGAAUGGAGUUUCCUCUUCCUCCUCCCCCCUUCCUUCUAUUGUGAUACAGCAAGGAUCAUCCUUGCUGCUCUUCACCUCCCAAAGCCCUCGGUAGUGCUGUCCUGAUGGCUGAACUUGUUGGUAGCGUUGGAUUUGACCCUGAAGGACUUUUCCAUCCAAUGGUGCUGCAGCUCCAUGGGAUGCAGUGCUCCUGUUGCCACAGUCAGCACCAAAUACUCACAUCCCCUGGCAGCGGGGAAGCUGCAUACAGCAGUUGCCCUGAAGCAACGGGUUAUCUGUGCGUUACAAUUAACGCUGAAAAGGCAAAUUGGAAAAAGAGCUGAGUAAUGCAAUCAGGUUGCCAGAACAGCAGUGGAAAUAGCGCUGAGGCUGGAGAUCUACCAGCUUGGCAGCAGGACUCGAUGAGUCCUGCCCUGUGCUGCAGCAUUUUGCUGCUCCGGGGCGUUCCACCGUUGUUAAUUAACACGGGGUAUAAUGCUUCACUGCCGGCUCCGUGCUCCGCGAGGCGUUGCUGUGUCUGUGUGCAUCUGAUCUAAUUCCAUGGGCAAUGGUUGCACAUGGCUGCAACGCGGGGGUCCGGCGCAGUGCUGGCUGGGGGCUGUGCUGGAGGGUUUGCAGUGCAUUCCCCCUCCCCGUGAGCCCUCUGUAGAUAUGUGUCUGUAUUCCUAUAUAUAUUUCUGCGUGUUUUAUGGCUGGCUGCGCUAACGAGCUUUGUAGCGUGCUUCUAUGUGAGUGUCAAUUUUACUGUAAUGCAUAAAAUGGAGGCAGGAAGUGUGUGCAAGCAGAUCGCCUGGGCUAAUGUGCCACAGAGGACGGUAGAAUUUAAUUUCCUUACAGCAAUAAGGUUAACAAGAUGUACUGGUGGGGUGUCUGAGCUUAGCAAUAUCAUUUUCGGUAUUUUAUUCUCUAAAAGAAAAAUUUGCAGAAAAAAGGGGUGAAUUAUCCUAGGCGUAAGUUUUGAUCAGGAUGGCGUUAACCACGGGUUUCACCUGUAGCACUGAAAGAGUUUUUUUCUCCACUUCUGGUUAGCAUCAACAGUUUUUCAAGUAGCAGCAAGAAAGCAAACCACAAGUGGCAAAACCAAGCAGUCCCCACUCACAUCACUUGGUUUCUCCCCCUGGGGAAUGUCAUUAAUGACCAUCUGGAUGAGGGGAUUGAUUGCAUCCUCAGUAAGUUUGCAGGUGACACAAAGCUGGGAGGACGUGCUGAUCUGUUCGAAGUCAGGAAGGUUCUACAGGGGGAUCUGGAUAGGCUGCAUCAAUGUGCUGAGCCAACAAGUCCAAAAACUUUUCUCAUAAAGAGCAGUGAUGCAGUGGCACAGCUGCCCAGGGAGGUGGUUCACCAUCCCUAGGGGUGUUCAAUGAAUGUGGAGACGUGGCACUGAGGGACGUGGGGGGUGGACAUGGUGGAACGUCUUGGGGUUGGGCUUGGGGAUCUUAGUGGUCUUCUCCAACCUGAGUGAUUCUUUGAAUCUGUGAUUCUACAAAAGCAGACGAGGACAAGGCCCUGUGCCAAAGUAGCUCGAUGGGCUUCUAGUUUUCAUCACAGGUUAAAACAAUUCAGGUACAUCUGUGUUAGAAAAAAGCAUUGCUGUUGUAGUUCUUCUCUGCAGUGCUGCAGGUAACUCCGGAACAAAUCCUUCUUUCUGUAGCAUCGAAGCAGCACGGAGCUGGUGAGCCUCAUGCAACAGCAGCUACAGCUUUGGUUGCAGAAGUUUUCUCCAAGGUCACUUGUCAAGGUUUUCCUGUUAGAAUAGAGAGACGUGUAAAUUGAAAUUCCUCUAUAGUUCAUUAUUUCUGCCCUGAAUUAAUUACUGUUCAGUCUUCCUGCAAGGGACAUGGAUUUGCUCAUGGCAUCAAACAGGAGAAGAUUGCAAGGGCUUCAGAGAGCGUGUUGAGAAUUCGAAAUGAUCCUGAAAAAUUGCAGGAAUAUUUGGAGAAGGAAAAAAAAAGUGAAGAAAUUGUGUUUUUACUUCAGAGCAGAGGGGACUGAGAGCAGGUUUUGGAAAUCUUUGAGUACACAGGCGAUCAACCCGAGGAGAAAGGAAGCACUGCUGUCCUCAUCCCGAGGAGCGGAGGUUUCAGUGCUGAAAAUUUCAUUUAGGCAUUUCAUUUAGGCCUUAGGAAAAUGUGAAUGAAGAGGUUUGUGAGAGCAUGUUGGAUAAACAUCUGUCAGGAAGGGAUUUUUGAGAGCCGGUCCAGCUGUAGAGUGAAUGGUGAGUGGGCUGUCUCCUUACAGCUGUGUUUUUUGUGAUUCUGUUCAUGUCAGGCCUGUGUCAGCAAGUAGCCUCCUAUCUCAGCACCUCACCUUUGUAAAUAGCAGCUUUUGUUAGUUCUAAACUGUACAAAAGUGCCUGACAUCACACAUUGCUUAUUGAUGCAGGAGUGGGGUGACUGGAAGGGCCCAGGCAGCCCAAGGCUGAGCCCAGGCCUCCACCAGCUUGCUAACAAGUUCACAAUUAUGGGGGAUUCCUGGCCAAGGAAGCAUCGAUCAAGUGCCCUUUGGAUGGAUAAUUUCUGUUGUCUUUUGACUGAGCCUUGUCUGUAAAACUUAUCUUCUCAAGGACAGAAGUCAAAUCACGGAAUCAGAGCCACGAAGCUCAUCGAGAUCUCUGUGGUCAUCAACCCAUCGUGACGGCCAUGCUCAGAGAACCACAGAAUCAUUCAGAUUGGAAAAGAUGUCUGAGAUCAUAAGUCCAUCCCCAGCCCAUCCCACCAUGCCCACUGACCACCACAUCUCCACUUUCCCUGAGCACCUAAACUCACAUGGCAGGGCCUGUUUGCAGCAGAUCAGCUGUCUGGCACCCACUCACAGGAUAAAAACUCAAAAAAAAAAAAAAAAAGAAUGAGUUUUAUGAGUGAGUUUGAUUGUUUUGUCAAGGAUUACUCACUAACCUGCCUGUGGUAGUCCAUAAUAUUCACUUUAAUAAAAUAUUUGCACUCUUCAGCGCUCAUAAAUUUCCCCAAUAUUUCAGGGCGUUUCUAAACAAAAUUAACCCCGGCGCAGGGAGCGUCUCAGCUCAUUGCUUUCAGGCUUUCCGACACUACUUAUUGCAUUGGCUCAGCCCCAAAAUGAGCAAAGGAAUGCAAGGGCACUGCAGCGUUUGGAUUGUAUAUGUGUGAAAUUCUAAACACAGAUGAUGUAGGCUAGGCGGGUGACCCAUACAUCCGUGGAGAGUGCAACUUGAUUUCCGACUUGACAGCUUUCUGUUGAAAUGAAGGGGAUGGAUGGGGGCCUGUAGGCUACAAGCAGUGGAAAUCUGGUGCAGGGCAAGCCGUGAGGCUGUGGGAGAAGUCACUCAGCGUGGGCCUUGGGAAUUAUCCUGAGAAGAUCAGUGUCAAGAGCUGCCGUGUAGUUCUUAAAUAAGGACAGAAAAGAAGAUAGUAUCAUAGAAUCACAGAAUAAUUGGGUUGGAAGGGACUUAAAGACCAUAGAGCCAUGGAAUGGUUGGAUUGG